AUGAGUAAAUCUACUGAAUAUGAACUUCAUGAUUAUGAAGGAGGUUCCUCAACAAAGCAAGAUAGUAAUAUAAUCAACAAGACUAAAAGCUUUGAUCAUGAAGAUAGUCCAAUCUCUGAACAUGAAAUCGAAACUGGUCAUGUUAAAGAUACUGAAGUUAAAAGAGCUUUGAAAAGACGUCAUGUUACAAUGAUUGCCCUUGGUGGUACUAUAGGUACAGGUUUAUUCAUUGGUAUCUCAACACCUUUGAAAAACGCUGGUCCUGUUAAUGCCUUGAUUGCUUAUUUAUUCAUGGCUACUAUAGCUUAUUCAGUGACUCAAUCCCUUGGUGAAAUGGCCACUUUUAUCCCAAUCUCAAGUUCUUUUACCGUUUUUUCCCAAAGAUUUUUAUCAAAUGCAUUAGGUGUCACUAAUGGUUACAUGUAUUGGUUCUCAUGGGCAAUCACAUUCGCCUUGGAAUUAUCAGUCGUUGGUCAAAUCAUUGAAUAUUGGACUUUUUCAGUCCCAUUAGCUGCAUGGAUUGCCAUAUUCUGGGUUAUCUUAUUCUCUAUGAAUUUAUUCCCUGUUAAAUUUUAUGGUGAAGUUGAAUUUUGGGUCGCUUCAAUCAAGAUCAUCGCCAUUAUUGGAUUCAUCAUUUAUGCAUUCAUUAUGGUUUGUGGUGCUGGUGUGACUGGGCCUGUUGGAUUUAGAUAUUGGAGACAUCCAGGUGCUUGGGGUCCAGGUUAUUUAUUUGAAGGCACUGCAAAAGGUAGAUUCCUUGGUUGGGUUUCCUCUUUAGUUAAUGCUGCCUUCACUUAUCAAGGUACUGAACUUACAGGUAUCACUGCAGGUGAAUCUAAAAAUCCAAGAAAGAGUGUUCCAAAAGCUAUUAAUACCGUUUUUUUCAGAAUUUUGAUCUUUUAUAUCUUGUCUUUAUUCUUUGUUGGUAUGUUGGUUCCAUUUGAUGAUCCAAAAUUGAAUUCAGAUUCUUCAUACGUUGCAUCCUCCCCUUUCAUCAUUGCAAUUCAAAAUUCAGGUACCCCAGUAUUACCACAUAUUUUCAAUGCAGUCAUCUUGUUGACAAUUAUCUCUGCAGGUAAUUCAAACGUCUAUGUCGGUUCACGUAUUCUUUAUGCAUUGGCUCAAAAUCGUUUAGCUCCAAAAUGCUUUGCAUGGACUACAAAACAUGGUGUCCCAUAUAUUAGUGUCUUAUUCACUGCAUUAUUCGGAUUCUUGGGUUUUAUGGUUAUUUCAAGUGGUGCAAGUACAGUUUUCAAUUGGUUAUUAAAUAUCACUGCAGUUGCUGGGUUAUUUGCUUGGUUAUUCAUUUCUUUAUCACAUAUCAGAUUCAUGCAAGCUUUGAAAUUCAGAGGUAUUUCUCGUGAUGAACUACCUUUCAAAGCUCAUUUCAUGCCUUAUGCUGCUUAUUAUGCUGCUUUUUUCAUUACAGUUAUCAUCAUUAUUAAUGGGUUUAGUGCAUUUAUUGGAGGUUUCAGUGUUAGUGAUUUCUUUACUGCAUAUAUCUCUGUUAUCUUAUUUGGUGCAUUAUGGAUAUUCUUCCAAUUUGUUUGGUUUAGAGACAGAAUCUUCCGUAAGUUGGAAGAUGUUGAUAUCGAUACUGAUAGAAGAGAAAUUGAUGCCAUUGUUUGGGAAGAAGAAGCUCCAAAGAAUUUAUGGGAGAAAUUCUGGAUGGUUAUUGCUUGA